AUGGCUCCAUCCACAGAAGCAGUGUAUCUGCACGAUGCUUCGCUGAGAACCUUGACGACAGAGAUCAUCUCCCACCGACCAUUCUCAUCACUCCCCGAAAAUGAAAAGAGCUUGAUCAAGAAUGCCGAUCCGGGGGUCUCGGCGGUCACUAUGCUCCAGACUAUCCUCUACCCGCAGGGAGGUGGACAGCCUAGUGACACUGGGUCCAUCGCCUUGGUAGACCAGGAACCCAGCUUCAUUGUCUCCCUAGUACGCAAGACAGAGGAUGGACGGAUUCUGCAUUUCGGCAAGUCUUCAGACCCAGAGGCUCUCUUUGUUGAAGGCCAAAGCGUUGUUCAGCAAGUCGAUGGUGCCAAACGAGAUUACUACUCUCGACUGCAUACGGGAGGACACGUCGUCGGCCUGGCGAUGGAGCUUCUCUUUCCAGAGAUGAAGAAAGUCAAAGCCAAUCACUUCCCUAAAGAAGCAUGCAUGGAAUAUAAGGGUCUGCUUUAUAACGAGCAGCAGCCAUUGAUUCAGGCUAAAGUGGAUGAGCUGGUCCAGAAGGACUUACCCAUUCUGAUCUCCUGGGUGGAAGAUGGUUCGGAUCUCGAGGGUCGUGGAGCCUUGAGAGAUGGUCCCGUUCGAAUUGCAAGCAUAGGUGGUUUAGAUCAGAAUCCCUGUGGCGGAACUCAUGUUCCCACAACCAGCCUAGUGGGCCCGAUCACGAUACGCAAGAUCAGUCGGCAAAAGGGGAUCAGUCGGGUUGCCUAUGAGGUACCAGUGGAAAUGUAA